GGAUACGAUGGAACUUGAACUGAUUCUGCUAGCGAUCCUUUCCCUCCUAAGCCAUGCAAAUGGAGCAGAGUACGAACUUGUGGUGGUGGAUGAGGAUAUAUUCAGCAGUUGUCCUGAUGCUCGUCCCGGCACACUGGACAUACAUGGCUUAUUGGAUAUGUCAGAGUUCUCAACUUCCAUGGAUUCUGAUGGAGUAACUGUUAGCGGAAACACGACUAUGGUGUGGGACAUUCAAUUGGAGGACCGCGUAACGCUUUGAUAACCCGGAUUUUUUGCAGCUUUCUAUUAACCUUCUUUAUUGGAUCGAGGCACCUGGAAGCCGACAAUCUUCUCAUUGUUUAGUAAGGAUUUCUGUAAGGACAUGUACGAAAAGAAUCAGAUAUGGUAUAAAGUCUGGACCCAAUAUAUUUCGAACGAUAUCAAGGAUAAAUGUCUUAAUAGUCCGGGGACGAAAAUAAUUUUGGAGACAUAUUUGGUAAGAUUGACGACUACAAUCGCGGGACCAAUUCGUGAAGGACACUACAAAGCCAACAUAGUCUUCCGAGCUUUCGAUUCCUACGGAGCCGAGAGGCCAACUCGUAUAUGCUACGAAAUAUUGGGCGACUUUUUUAAAGUUAGGAAUAAAUAAUAACCUCUUAUAAUAUUUUUAUCAUGGUUUGCCAAACGUCCAACAUGCACAAGCUUCAACAAUAAAUCAA